UGCGCUGAAACUAAACAAUUUUGGCGACAAAAAAUGCAAUGUAAGCAUAGGCUUGGCUUCUGAUCUAUUCGAAUUCGUUGGGAUGCAAAUCUUAAUAGAAGUAGUUGUAAUGAUAAUUUAGAAGGUCUGGCAACGUUACAUUGUUUUUGACAACCACGUGUUGUGUAUUGUUGUCGCUGCAAUUUAUGUAUUUAUGAAUAGGAACGUUUAACGUUACGCAACUUCUUUUCUGUGUGAGUUUCCCAGUAGUUUUCUAGAGCUGCAUGCCAAUUUUUAGCUCUCUCUUUAGGAAAUUCUGGUUAUACACAUCACCUUGACAUUCUAAGGUUAUAAUAACAUGAAAUCAACGAAAUACCUGGUAUCUUCUAUUUCAUUCUGUUACAUUGUACGUUGAUACGGUACAUGCGCCUGUAUGUGUCGUAAAUUAAUGACCGAUGCUGAUCAGAUUAGGAGACUUCUGGAUAUCAGGAUUGCGGGAAAAUUUUUAUCGGCAUGAUUGUAUGUCACUGAUGUCGGCAUUUUCGUCACGUUUUUGCACAGUAAGGCGUACGCGUGUAUUGAUUUCGAAAAAUGUUUUCAAAUUUUGUGAAAACGAGCCGCUUGACAGUGGUGCAGGCACUACAAACUGGUGUAUUGAUGGGGGUAGGGGACGCAAUAGCUCAAACUUUUGUUGAAAAAGCACCGGGAAAGAAAUAUGAUCCCAGGAGGACUGGAAAAUUUUUCCUUCUAGGAGUAGGAUUUGUGGGACCCACACUAGGUACAUGGUACCGAGUUCUUGCCAGUCGCUUUGGUGAUACAGGAACAUUUAAUGUAGCAGUGAAAAAAAUGGCCUUAGACCAGCUAGUAUUUGCUCCCUCGUUUUUGGCAUUAUUCAUUACAACUGUAAGCUUUACUGAUGGCAGAAACUGGAGAGAAACAAAACAGCAGCUAAUCCAUAAGUACCCAGAUAUUUAUUUAACAAAUUUAACCAUUUGGCCAGCAGUACAGUUGGUCAAUUUUUCUUUCAUACCUCUGAGGCACCAACUGCUGUUGGUGCAGUCUGUGGCUAUUUUAUGGAACUGCUACUUGUCUUGGAAAACCCAUAAGGAGAUACAGUAACUUCAUACAUAAGCUUGAUAUUGAACAAUACCCUUUCAUCAAACUGAUUAGGAUAAUUACACAUAUCUAUCAUAUAUAAUUAAACAACAGUAUAUUUAUUUAUAACUGUAUUGAAGGUUACACCUUUCCCCCAUAAGCUCAAAAUUACAUUUAUGAUAGUUGACACUUCUUUCACCCAAGAACAACACCAAGUUACUUCUUCAACUUUUUAAACUAUGCUUUCAGUAUUGUACUUUUAUAGUCUAGAAGAAUUGAAGGGAUUUGAUUUAAUAUUAGAGUGGUAAAGAAUCUCAAUAUUCCUUAUAUACGAUGCAAGUUUUACAUGUCAUUAACUUACCUUUUGUCAUUCAGUUAUUUUAUGGUCUUUCCAAAAAAUAAAAAUCCAUCUGAUACUUCUUAGAAUAGAUGUUUUUUGAUGUGUGCCAGUUUUUACACUUUGAUAAUGUAUUUAUGAAAUAUCUUACUCUAACUGUAGCAACAUUGUACUUACUAGAACUGUUAGAAUCCAACUAGAUGAUUCUUGGAUGAUGUAAAUUCUAUAGUAACAAAUUUUUUUUGGCUAAAUAAAAGCUGACGAUCCAUGUCGGACGCUUCAGUAGUUUAUUUGACUCCCAUGAGGUAUAUGUUGACAUGUGAUAAAAUCUAUUCAUCAUAUCACUGUUUUUAGCUACCUCUUACAUAGCAUAAAUAUGACAAAUGAGCAAUGUAGUUUGUGUAUUUGUAUAAAAUGUUACUACUCCACUUUUGCCUGACAAAAACCAAAGUUAGUCUUUAUAAAGGCAUUUAUUUAGUUACUUCUUUCAGGGAAUUAAAAGGUAUUAUUGUAAAUCUUAUUUCAGGUAUAUAAUGAUUGACGUGCUUCGUUUGUGUUAAAAACAAAUUUUUCUAAUUAUGUAGCAUUUGCAAAUAUACUAUACAAUCAUAGUAUUGAAGAACAGAUACAUUUAUUGUUAUUUUAGUUAAACUGACAUUUAUUUAAGAAUGAGUAAAACUUUUUGCAAAUAUUUCAGAAGUGCUUAAUUAAAACGGCCUUUUUUUAGAGGCCUAAAGGUUAUCCAUAAAAUAAUGGGAAUUCAUUUAGCUAAUUAUUUCCUGUAAUGUUUUUUGCAGUAUUAAUAAUAAAUUACUUCUAUUUGGUACACAUCAAUUAUGUUGUGUAUCAUGUUUCCAUUUCUGCAUUGUUUUAAGAAUGGUGACCUCUGGUUGCAAACAUUUAAUUUUUGUUAUCAUGUCUGAAUAGGUAUGGAUUAUGGAUUGUAUGACAGUUGUAUUUAUUACCUUCUAUUGACGUUAGGUGUAAUUGUAAAGAGGCUCCACAGUUCUGUUGACAAUUUAAGUUUCAUAUAUAUCAGUGUGACUGAUUGUUAUUUUAACAUUUGUGAGGAUAGCUUUUUGUAUACUAUGUAAAUAAAUGACAAUAUUCUGAA